AUGUCAGCUGCAAACAAAGUACCUGGCAGACUAUAUCAAUUCAAGCUUGUUUUACUAGGUAUGAACGAGAUAUUCGAACACUUUCUCAGGAGUGAUCAGUCGUUCUCGGGCGGAUUUUUUAGUUAUUUGAGCGAUCUCUUCGAGCUUUUAUUCUGUGUUGUGUGUUUUCACCCGAGUCCAUUUUCUGUUGCUUAUCGAUUCUUGUCUGUUUUGACAACAAACAAGGCGAGUCGGCUGUCGGCAAAUCAAGAUCAGUUUGAUGACUAUAAAGAGAGUACUAUUGGAGGUAAGGAUCUUUAUACCGAGUCAGGAGAUACUGCGCAUUCGUUUUUCACGCAGGAAAAUGGUUUCGUUUCUGUAGCUGCUUUUCUUACACAGACAAUUAGUCUCGAUGAUAAUACUACCGUUAAGUUUGAGAUCUGGGAUACGGCGGGACAAGAACGCUACAAGAGUUUGGCGCCAAUGUAUUACAGGAAUGCAAAUUGUGCUGUUGUAGUUUAUGAUAUAACUCAGGCGUCGUCUCUGGACAAAGCCAAGGCUUGGGUAAAAGAACUACAAAGACAAGCAGACCCAAGUAUCGUCAUUGCACUUGCUGGUAAUAAAUGCGACCUCGCCGCACGUAGGGCGAUCGAGACCGAGGAAGCAAAAGCUUAUGCAGUUGAUACAGAUCUCCUUUUCUUUGAAACAUCGGCCAAGACAUCAAUCAACGUAAAUGAGCUCUUCACGGAAAUAGCAAAAAAGAUGCCACUUGAGCAGUUAGCAGCAGCCAACUCGCGUCAACGGAAUGGAUUGAACGGCAGAGGAGGAGUAGACCUGUCGCAGGCGUCGCCGAAUGCCGGCAACUGUGGAUGCUAA